AUGUCAAAGGAGUCCGUCUUCCGUACUGGGUGCCUUGUUGCUACCUUUAAUGUGACUCACCAGGAGAUCUAUCCACAUUCUGUAUCUGGCACUUUAAUGCCACAUGGCUCCAUUGAUAUGUGCAUGUGCAAGGUCGUGGCCAUUUCACCCUUGUCGCAGGAGAAAGAGAGCGCAGUGAAAAUGAAAGGGUACAAGAUCAUAGAAGAGGACAUUGAGAAACUUCUUGAUCAUUUUGUAUUCAUGCUUGAGUUCAACUGUACAGAAAUUGGUACUCAAGGCCUGGAGAAACUGGAGGGUCAGAUGUGGAUGGCCGACCACAGUUCACAAUUGUGGACACUGGAGCAACUUUCCUUGGAGCUGGCUCAAGACGGGGAAAUCGAACUCAAAACAACAUUAAUAUCAAUACUUAGCAAGCUCUCUGGCUAUUCAUGGGCAGCAAAGGCAGUGCUGACGCUUGCGGCAUUUGCUUUGAACUAUGGAGAUUUCUGGGACCUUUCACAGGUGCAGUCAUUAGACAGACUCGCCAACUCAGUGGGAAUCACAAAGCCUGUAACUGCCAUCUUAAAUCGCCCAGACAUUCGAAACUGCAAAAAAGCAAUUGGGGAGCUUAGCAAUAUGAUCAAGGACACGCUGGAAGUAAUCGAAUGCAUUGUUGAGUUGGAAAACUAUCAUGCACAAUUCAAAUGUGCUGUCUUAGUAAAGAUGAGUAAGUUCUUGUCCUUGACAUGUUCUGUCUACCAUGUCAAAGUUAUGAAUUCUGUUCGUAGGGACAAGAUACUGGAAUUAUUGCCCUUGUCUAAGAAGAUGAACGUCACUCUUAACCUGCUAAAGAUGCAGAUAGAAGAAUGCCAUCAACAAAUAGGGGAAGUGAAGGCAUACUGGCGAAUGAUGGAAAUUCCGGUAACACCUACAAAAAUCGUUGAGGCUUUCAAGGCGCUGAUUUUAUCCGAGGAGAAUCUGCAGCAGCUUAUUGAUGGCUCCACAAACAAAAUGUUGAGUAUCGACGUGCUGAAAAAGAAGAGUCUUCUAUUGUUCAUUUCGGCUAUGGACAUUUCCAUCGAAGAAAUCUCGAUUUUAAACCCCAUUUUUAAUGGAACAAGGGAGGAGGAGCAGUAUAAAAUUGUAUGGAUCCCAGUGGUGGGGAAGUGGAGCGAUGAGAUGCAAGCCAAGUUUGAGAUUUUGCGGUCCAACAUUGCAUGGUACAUACUGCCGUAUUUUUCAUCAAUAGUAGACAACCAGUUCAUUACGGAGGAAUGGCACUUUAAGAAUAAGCCUAUCGUCGUGGUGAUAAACCAACAAGGGGUGGUGGAACACCCAAAUGCUCUUCGCAUGAUUCGAUUAUGGGGGAUGAAGGCCUUCCCUUUCACCAUCACAAUUGAAAAGGAACUAAUACCUGAAGAACCGCGCCCUGAAUUUAGUAGGAUCAACAGAGCACUAAAACGACCGUUCGUGUAUCAGGACGACGAGGAUUAUACUUUCUUCUUCGGAUUCGCCAAUAUCAAGUGGAAGCAACGAUUUACUAGUAAUUUAACUAAAAUGUCUAAUGAUUGGGACAUGAAGAACUCGAACACUCGCAUAAGGUGGUUUCUAAUUGGAGAAGGAAACGAAGAAGAUGAUGUACAAAAAUUAGUGAAUGCAAAGCUGCAUGAUCCCAGAAAUUUGCUGUAUUCCUUCAAAAGUGAUAGUGGAUGGGUUGUGCUCCGCAAAGUUCCCGACACGACAGUAGUUAGUGAUCAUGGGACAUCGAUUCUGAAGGUCUUGGAGAAGUUAGGAUCUGUUAAAAAGUUUGGCUUCCAAUAUUGCUUUGAAAAUUGCUAUAGAAAGCUUUAA